GGGAGGGAAACUUGGCUUGUUUUUUUUUUUUUUUUGUCCCGGGUCUAGCACGGUUCUAAUAGAAGUGUCUAGAAAGUCACGAAGCGGCCUGGCGUUCACGAGAUUCCUCUUUACCUUUAGGAUCAGCUGUCAUGUCUGGCAUAGCUCUGAGUCGACUCGCACAAGAGCGGAAAGCAUGGAGAAAAGAUCACCCUUUUGGCUUCGUUGCCGUUCCAACUAAGAACCCUGACGGUACGAUGAACCUGAUGAAUUGGGAGUGCGCCAUUCCAGGGAAGAAAGGGACUCCAUGGGAAGGAGGGCUGUUUAAGUUAAGGAUGCUCUUCAAAGACGAUUACCCAUCAUCCCCGCCGAAAUGCAAAUUCGAGCCACCUCUGUUUCAUCCGAACGUGUACCCAUCGGGAACUGUGUGUCUCUCCAUUUUAGAGGAGGACAAAGACUGGAGACCUGCUAUCACGAUCAAACAGAUUCUGUUGGGAAUCCAGGAGCUUUUAAACGAGCCCAAUAUUCAGGACCCGGCCCAGGCUGAGGCUUAUACCAUAUAUUGUCAGAACAGAGUGGAGUACGAGAAGAGGGUCCGAGCACAAGCCAAAAAGUUCUCUCCCUCGUAGACGGAGCGAUGGAUAAAUCGGAGGGAAUGUGUCGGCACUCGUUCAUUUCUCGUAUUCUUCCUCCUCCCCUCUCUUGCUGGGACUGAAAGGACUUGACAUGAUGUCUGUGCCAUCUGCCCCAACCCCACAGGCCCCACCCCCUGAUAGUGAUGUCACAAACACAGCCCCCGCCCCUGACGACCCUUCAGCAGGACAGUCCCUGCCUCGCUUUAUCGUCGGCCAAUCAGAAAUGGACCUCAUCUAUUUCCUUUUUUUUUUUUUUUUCCACUCAACGCAAACAUGAAGUGACUGAAUGAAAACUAUUAACUUUGUGUACGUAUCGUGAGUGAGUGUGCGAGUGUGUGCAUCUGUUUUCUUAUUUUAAUGUCAAAUUUCCCUUCUUUGAUCGCUUUCCCUCAUGAUGCAGAGUGCGUGCGUGUUCAGUAGCUCGGCUAAGAUCUCUACAGCGUUAAAAAAAAACCUGGGUGGAAUGUUUUUGCUUUCUCACACUUCUGUCCAUCUCCCACACUGUAAAAUUAGUUCUUAAUUUAAAGUAAAGAAAAAGAUCAGCCUAAGAGUCAAGUCAGCUGUGGCGAUUGUGUACUGAGCAGCUGCCACUCUGCCGCACGCGAGCGCCGGUUUAAGUUGACUAAUCGUAAAUUUGGGAUCGUUGUAGGGUCAGACUUGCUCAUACUCACCAGGAUAGCUUUUUUUGUUUUUCAUUUGUUCGUUUGUUUGUUAAUGAUGGGAACAUGUGUCCUGCGUUCUUUGUUGGUUUAAUAAAGAUCUUUCUACAAAA